CUCCCUCUUUUGCGGACUCUGAGUGAAGGCUUCGAGUGUCUUUCUUGCUGUCCUAUAGGGCAGCCUGACUUUCUGCAAGCGCAUGAUAGGGCAAGUAAUGCAGUCUGAACUGCAAUGACAUGAGUCCACACUGACUCACUGACUAGGGUUAGGCAGGCAGACACAAAGUGAUCCAGAGAUCCAGCCCCUCUCUCCUGAAUCCAGAGAUAACAGCAGCAGCAGCAGCGUUCUUUCUUCAAGGGAAAGAAGAGGAGGAAGCGCGGAGGAGGGCGCGCGGCGCUGUUGGCGUCACGGGUGCGCGCACGUCCACCCGGGGCGCGUCCUCGUCCCACCGGCGCCCCCGGAUUGGUUGCCGGCCUCUCCGCGGCACUUCAAAGCCUUGCCAGGGAGCUACAAUUGGGCUGGAAGGGGCGGAACUGAUCAUUGUAUUGCACACCUCUAAAAAAAACACGCGCAACAGCAACCGCGGCCUCUGAUUUAUCAAUAUAGAAAAAAAGAGAGAGAGAAUCCUCGGAGAGGAGGGCGCCUUGUGGCAUGGCAACUUCACUGCUAGGGCGAGCAAGAGAAAGGUUUGAAGGGCACUCGCCCCCAACAACCUCGGAAGCGGCAGGGAUUAUCUUCCUCUCCAUCCCUGGAGAACUGGUGGAAAAAACAAGGCGACUGCUUUCUGCCUCUUCUUCCCAAUAUUUCAAAAACUGAGAAAACUUCUUCAUUUGCCCUCCUUUUUAACCCUUCAUUUAUUACAGGAGGAACCGCGCCUGGGCUCCACUCCCUUGGCCAUGCUCGCCGCCACUUGCAACAAGAUCGGCAGCGCCAGCCCUUCUCCCUCGUCCCUCUCCGACGGCGCCUCGGCCUUCGCCAAGGGCUUCCACCCGUGGAAGCGCUCCUCGUCCUCCUCGUCCUCCUCGUCCAGCUGCAACGUGGCUCUGGGCUCGGGCUUGGCGCGCAAUGGCUCUUCCUCGGCUCACGCGGCGGCGGCAGCGGCGGCAGCAGCAGCGGCGGCGGCGGCGCUGGUGUCGGACUCGUUCAGCUGCAGCGGCGGCGGCGGGGGCUCGUCCAGCCCGGGCUCCAGCAGCGCCUUCUCGCUCACCUCCAGCGGCGCCGCCUCGGCCUCUCCUUUCGGCAACGACUACUUCCAGACGGGAGGCGGCGGCGGAGGGGGUGGCGGCGGGAACGGCGGCGGCGGAGGGGUGCAGGAGCCGCCGGUCUUCCUGUCCAAGGUGCACCCUUCGGUGGACGGCCUGCAGGGCUUGUACCCGCGCGUGGGCAUGGCGCAUCCCUACGAGUCGUGGUUCAAGCCCUCGCACCCGAGCGAGGCGGGCGCUUCCAGCUGGUGGGACGUCGGCGCCGCCGGGUGGCUCGACGUGCAGAAUCCCAACGGGGUCCACCCCGCCGCCGCCGUCGUGGGACUCCAGGCCGGCUCCCUGCACUCCCCUUUGGGCGCCUACAACUCGGAUUACUCCACCUUGGCGGGACAUUCCGCCUUCAGCCCUUCGGCGGCGUCGUCGUCCUCGCACCUCUUGGGCGGGCAGCACCUCAUGGACGGCUUCAAGCCGGUGUAUCCGGACGCGGCGCCGUCCCCUUUAACAGCGGGCUCAGGCGGGUCUAUCAUGGGGGUGGGCGGCGGCCCGGGCGUCUCCCCGCGCUCUUCCUCGUCCUCGUCGAGGCGCUAUUCGGGCCGCGCCACUUGCGACUGCCCCAACUGCCAGGAAGCGGAGCGGCUGGGCCCGGCCGGAGCCAGCCUCCGCCGCAAAGGCCUGCACAGCUGCCACAUCCCGGGCUGCGGGAAGGUCUACGGCAAGACCUCGCACCUGAAGGCGCACCUGCGCUGGCACACGGGCGAGCGGCCCUUCGUCUGCAAUUGGCUCUUCUGCGGGAAGCGCUUCACCCGCUCCGACGAGCUCCAGCGCCACCUCCGCACCCACACCGGCGAGAAGCGCUUCGCCUGCCCCGUCUGCAACAAGCGCUUCAUGCGCUCCGACCACCUCAGCAAGCACGUCAAGACACACAGCAGCGCCGGAGGAGGAGGAGGAGGCAACGGGAGCGGGGCUGGCGUCUCCGUCAAGAAGGGCAGCGACACCGACAGCGAGCACAGCGCGCCCGGGAGCCCUCCUUGCCACUCGCCGGAGUUGCUCGCCCCGCCGCCGCCGCCCGAAGCGGGCCAUAGGAACGGCUUGGAGUGAAACGCCCGCUUGACAUUCCCUCCUUGCCCCGCUCCCACUUUGGGACGUCUCCUGCCCGAAGGCUUUCAUUCCCUUCCACUUUGGGACGUCUCCUGCCCUUCUUUUCCAGCGCUCCUUCUUCUUAACCCUGCCUCCUCCAAAUCCCCUCCCACACUGUUUAUGGGGGACCAAAAGUGACUGGUGGACCCCAAAAGCCCAGGGCGAGAAGGAGAUCCAAGCCCCAAACUUGCUCCCCAAAGUGACUUCCCAACUGGCGCCAUAGACAAGAUAUUUUUGAGAAGGUGCUUCUCCAAGUUUGCUGUGAGUUUUCCGGAGAGUGAAGAGCAGGCAUGGGCCAACUUGGUGCCUAGGGGUGUUUUGGACUUCAACUCCCACCAUUCCUAACAGCCUCAGGCCC